CUUGGGAGGCAAAGAGUCAUACCUCCCCCCUAGGCGAUUUACCAAGAGGUACUUAGCUCGACCCAAACCCACCUUCUAGAAGCCUUGGGGGUGCUUUUCUCUCUACUCCGUAUCUAAUUAUUUUCUGUCCUUUCUUGAACCUGAACUCGUUCCUUUUUCACCUCCUCCCUCCACCUUCUCCGAGUCCCCCGUCUCAGCAACCUUAGUGUCGUCCACGAGAAACUCUACAACCAUGUGCGGCAUCUUCGCGUGUCAUCGUCACCCCGACGUUCACAAGUUCAAGCCGACAGCUCUUCGGCUAGCCAAGGCUGUCCGGCAUCGGGGUCCUGAUUGGAGUGGCAACGUCAUUGCCAACAACACAAUUCUUUGCCAUGAGCGACUCUCCAUCGUCGGUGUCGAGUCCGGCGCGCAGCCACUCACUAGUCCCGACGAGAACAUCAUCCUCGCUGUCAACGGCGAAAUUUACAACCACCGUCUGAUUCGAAAGGGCCUUAAGAAUGACUAUCACUACAAGACCACCUCGGAUUGCGAGGUCAUUAUUCCUCUCUACAUGGAAUAUGGCCUUGAUGCGCCGAAACAUCUCGACGGCAUGUUCUCCUUCGUUCUCUACGACAAGAAGCAGGACCGGACUAUCGCUGCCCGCGAUCCCAUUGGCAUUACCACUUUCUACCAGGGAUGGUCUUCCAAGGAGCCCGGCGCCGUGUAUUUCUCUUCCGAGCUCAAGUCGCUACACCCCGUCUGCGACAAGAUCCAGGCCUUCCCCCCAGGCCAUGUGUUCGACUCGGCGACGGGUGAACUUACCCGAUACUUCCAGCCUUCCUGGUGGGAUCCCGCAAAGGUUCCCAGCACACCGCUGGACCUGAAGCUCCUGCGGGAGAAACUAGAAAAGUCGGUCCGCAAGCGUCUCAUGGCCGAGGUGCCCUACGGCGUCCUUCUGUCGGGUGGCCUGGACUCGAGCUUGGUGGCCUCUAUUGCCCAGCGGGAGACGUUGCGCCUGAAGAAGGCGGCCCUGGAGGCCAACGCCGGCGCGGACCCCGUGCCCGAGAACCCGGACUCCGGCGAGGGCCUUGUCGGCAUCGACGACGACAACACGCUGUCCACCGUCACCUACCUGCCGCAGCUCAACUCCUUCUCCAUCGGCCUGCCGGGCGCCCCCGACAACAAGGCCGCCCUGGAGGUGGCCAAGUUCCUGGGCACCAAGCACCACGUCAUGACCUUCACCGUCGAGGACGGCCUCAACGCGCUCUCGGAUGUCAUCUACCACCUCGAGUCGUACGACGUCACCACGAUCCGGGCCUCGACGCCCAUGUACCUGCUGUCGCGCAAGAUCAAGGCCAUGGGCAUCAAGAUGGUGCUCAGCGGCGAGGGAAGCGACGAGACCUUCGGCGGGUAUCUCUACUUCCAUGCGGCCCCGGACAAGAAGGCCUUCCACGAGGAGACGGUGCGUCGCGUCAAGAACCUGCAUCUUUCCGAUUGUCUCCGCGCCAACAAGUCGACGUCGGCAUGGGGCUUGGAGGCCCGCGUUCCGUUCCUGGACAAGGAGUUCCUCGAGCUGGCCAUGAACAUCGACCCUCAGGAGAAAAUGAUCACAAGCGAACGCAUUGAGAAGUACAUCCUGCGCAAGGCGUUCGAUACUUCGGACGAACCCGGCGCCGAGCCUUACCUGCCGGAUAACAUCCUCUGGAGACAAAAGGAGCAGUUCUCGGACGGCGUCGGAUACGGCUGGAUCGACGCGCUCAAGGAGAACGCGGAGAUUCAUGUGACGGAUGAGAUGAUGAAGAACCCCAAGCCGGAGUGGGGGGACGACAUUCCGGAUACCAAGGAAGCGUACUGGUACCGGCUUAUGUUCGAUGAGCAUUUCCCUCCUCACUGCGCCUCGACCGUCCAGCGGUGGGUGCCGACAUGGUCGAAGCAGACCGACCCCAGUGGAAGAGCCAUCGCCAUCCACAACCAGAAGUAUAAGACGGCGGCGUAAAGGGGGGGGGACGGAACGAGCUGGCUGUAGACGCACGAGGUGAAGGGGAGAUAAAGAAAACGGGACUCGGGAGAUGGCUCCAGGGUAAAGGGGUGAUCAAUGUUUCAUGGCGAUGCUAGAACAUACUCCUAUGGCUGGAUUCGCUGGACUCCAGGAUGGGUGCCGGAUAAAGAUGAAAUGAUAUAGAAAUGCAAGCAUUGAGCAAG